CUUCCGUAUCACACGAUAGGCUAUAACCUAACUUCCGUGUUACGCUGGCUGAAUACAGGAGCAACGCGUACAAGUGCACACCACCAUGCAGCCGAUUCCUGAAGAUUUAACUGCUCUCAUAUCAGAUUUGGAGUCUUUUUUGUCCGAUGGUCUGAAAGGAGAGAGUUUGAGCAAGAAGGCGAAAGAAAAGAGAGAUUUAUUUCUGAAACGGAUUAAAGAGGCCAAAUUAAGUUACCCUCAUGACUUCAAGGAAAAACGAGACACAGAGGAGUCAGACGAGGUGGAUGAAGGGGACAGCAACAAUGAUGGGGGGUCACUGCAUUCAGAGCGCACAGACAAGGAUGAGGAUGCCCCUUAUGAUGGUGUUCAACAAUCUCCGCCCAUACCUGCCCAAGACCUUGCAUCUGUCUUCAAGGCCGGAUACUUGGAGAAGCGUAGGAAAGAUCACAGCUUCUUUGGACCGGAAUGGCAGAAGAGGUGGUGUGCCCUUAGCAACCGAACAUUCUAUUACUAUGGGAGUGAGAAAGAUAAACAGCAAAAGGGGGAGUUCAGCAUUGACGGUUAUACUGUGAAAUUGAGCAGCACAUUGCGUAAAGAUGCUAAGAAGGAUUGCUGCUUUGAGAUCUCCGCUCCAGACAAGCGUGUAUACCAGUUCGCGGCUGCCUCGCAGAAAGACGCAGAGGAGUGGGUGGAGCAGAUCCGCUUUGUUCUGAGAGACAUGGAGUCGGGGAUUAUCCUUGAGGAUAUGGAUGAGGAUGACCAGGAGACGUACGACGACGUCGGUGUUCCUGAGGAGCGCAACUCGUCCCCCACCGCUGCCCCUGGCCCUGCACACGCGGACGCCAUCGAUGAUGACAUCUACGAGGAGCUCCCAGACGAAGAGCUGCCUAAUCCUCCAAAGACAACAGUGGAGACGCUGAGCAAACCCCCCUCUCCCGCUGUGACAGUAAACAAGAGCACGGACUACAAGAACUACUACCAGGGAAAGUGGGACUGCAGCGGAGAUCAGCCUGACGAGCUGACGUUCAAACGUGGGGACGCCAUCUACAUUCUGAGCAAGGAGUACCAGAACUUCGGCUGGUGGGUUGGCGAGAUGAACGGCUCUGUCGGCAUCGUGCCCAAAGACUACCUCAUGGAGAUGUACGCCAUGUGAGAGACGUGAGGACCAUCUGGAUCCCUUCCUGUGUUUGAACUGCUGGUAAAUGGAUUUUGGAGAUCAGGAUGGUACAGAUCUGUGUUUUAUCAUAUCUUAUGUGCCUUCUGUCCAACAAGGAGCAAAAGAGUUUGAAUUUCUCUGAAGCUGUGCACCACUUGUUUUCUAAUGACCCAAAAUAUACAUGAUGAUGUGAAUUAUAUCAGUUCAACAAAAACAUAUCUUUGUCAGAUACUUUCAAGGUGAUUUCACCAAUAUAUGUCAGGUAUUACACAAGAAUGAUUGUCAAUAAAUUCAAAUCUUAAUUUAUUUGCUAUUCCUGCUUUGUGGAUUGUACUGUACAUGUUCUCCCUGCCAUUGCUUUUCUGAUAUAUGAAUUCUGUGAAUUAUCUGCUAGUACAAAGCAGCUAGAGGUUAGACAGUGGGGUGUAUCACAGCUUGAGAAAGUUACUGGUUUAUAGGUGUUGGCAGCUUGGGUAAGAGUUUUGUGAACUAUUCUUAGGGUUCUGGCCUCCUCUUGACAUGAUGUCAAAGAUAGCCACUAGAUGGCAGCAAAUGUCCAGCGCAGUUCUUUGUGAGUUUCAGUGCUAGGUUGACUACUGAUUUACUCUUUCACGUCUACAUGAUUUCUAAAUAAAUGUGCUUUUUUUGCCAAGCUGUCAUGUGUUUUUAAUUAACAAUUACUACUUAAUUUGGCAUUCUGGUGUCAUUUCCUUGCUGACAGCAUUUUCUUGUAGUAUUUGUAACUGGUCAGAUCUCAACAAGCAGAGUGUUAUUUACGACAUUUACAGUUUAUAUUUGCUAUAAUAACAUGUAGGAUUUCAAACUGGAUGCCAUCUAAAUAUGCUACAGAAUUUACUUCAUACUGUCGCAUACCAGCAUUCGAUAAAAAUCAAGGAGCACUAUGUCUGUUUUGGCUGUCCCUGGAAAAGAUAAUCAUUUGUGAAUCAAUCAAUUUAAUGCAUUCGUAAUUCCCUUAGCUGAAUUAUACUUUAGGUACUAACUGUGUGAGAAUCAAACAGUAAUGUAGUUAUGCAAUUAAAAUGGCAGAAGUAUUCCAAAUCUCACAGUGCUGAACAAAACAUUGUUUACUGUUUAAUCAUUUUGUUGAUGAAUGAUCCCUCAAUUAAGUGGAUGUUUCUUCACUGUAAAUGGAGGAGAUUAUGCUGAUUAUGAUUAUGAUAAAGAAUGUCUUCCUUUCAUCUGGUUACUCUUCUUAAAAACUGAAUCUGCUCCCCUGCUUAUGUUUUAGGUUCAAGUGAAGUUUAAAUGUCUGCUAACCAUUCGGAUUGUAGCCACCUGAAAGUUAGGCAAUUUAAGUAAUCUAGUGUGUUUUAUAAGCGGAGCGUUGACUGUGGUAAUUAAUCAAAACAUGAUGAAGUACGUGACUGCGGUGCCUUUUGGCCCAGAGGCGGACAUGAGAUGAGAUAAAAGACAUGGAUGGAAAGGAUGCGUGUAAAUGCAGAGGUAUGAAGAGUGGAAAUGUAUGUUUUUUUUUUGUUUUUGUUUUUCUCAGAUGCCUGUGUGUGUGGCAUCUUUCUUCAUGCUGUUGCUUCUCUGUGCUAACAGGAUAUGUUUGCCUUAAACUGGCAUACUGCAUCACACAAACAGGAUUUCUCUUACUCUGAGGGUGAAGGAAUGCCACAUUUCUCUGCAAAUAUGUAGCUACUGCAGAUGAGUCGUUGAGCUCAGUAAUUAAUCAUAUUGUGUGGAAGGCUGUUUGUGUAUUGGACCAUACGGUCAUAGAACACAUGCUAUGUUGCAAAUGUUCAUGAAUACUUGUGUGUGCUCAGCCAAAGAAAUUAUAAUUAAAAAACGCAUUGCGUUUAGAUAUUUGA